GGCGGCCGGGGCAGCGAGGGCAGCAGGGGCCGCUGUGCGCAGCCGGGCGCUCCGGAGCCGCUGCCCGCGCGAAUCCAGUAAACCCCGUGGAAAAUGGCCUUCAGUGAGUUUACAUCUAGGACGGUGCUUCUCUAUGAUAAUUGGAUCAAAGAUGCUGAUCCAAGAGUUCAAGACUGGCUCCUCAUGUCCUCGCCUCUGCCACAAACCAUCAUCCUGGGUCUCUAUAUCUAUUUUGUCACUUCCCUGGGACCAAAGCUUAUGGAAAAUAGGAAGUCUUUUGAACUCAAGAAAGCAAUGAUAACGUACAAUUUUUUCAUAGUACUCUUUUCUGUAUAUAUGUGUUAUGAGUUUGUGAUGUCUGGCUGGGGCACAGGUUAUUCAUUUCGUUGUGAAAUUGUUGACUAUUCACAGUCACCUACAGCAUUGAGGAUGGUACGCACCUGCUGGCUUUAUUACUUCUCCAAAUUUAUUGAACUAUUAGAUACUAUCUUUUUUGUUCUGCGUAAGAAAAAUAGCCAAGUGACUUUCCUGCAUGUCUUCCAUCAUACCAUCAUGCCAUGGACCUGGUGGUUUGGAGUCAAAUUUGCUGCAGGUGGCUUGGGGACGUUCCACGCCUUCCUGAAUACAGCAGUACAUGUGGUCAUGUAUUCUUACUAUGGACUGAGUGCGAUGGGACCGGCCUAUCAGAAAUACCUGUGGUGGAAAAAAUAUUUGACAACAUUACAGCUUGUCCAGUUCAUUAUUGUCACCAUCCACAUAGGCCAGUUCUUUUUCAUGGAGGAUUGCAAGUACCAGUACCCCAUCUUUCUGUACGUCAUUAUGAGCUAUGGAUGUAUCUUUCUGCUCCUCUUUCUCCAUUUUUGGUAUCGUGCCUACACCAAAGGUCAGAGGCUGCCCAAAACUGUGAAAAAUGGAGUCUACAAAAGCAAAGAUCACUGAAGUCCAAACACAUGAAUCCAUGAAUUAGACUGCUAUUUUGUCAUCCUUGACAAUCAACAGGUAUUUCCAUGUGCAGUGCUUUUUGUAUAUUUUUCAAAACCAAAUGCUUGUAUUUUUAUGAUCAGUCAUUAGGGUUUCUGAGAGUCCGAAGCUCCCAGAUAACAGAAUCUUCUGAUAAUUUGAGCCUGAAGCAGCCAGUUUUUCAGCUGCUUUAUAAGUCUACUUACAGAGGUUUUGUUCAGUACAUUUUGUUACACUGAAGGAAGAUGUGAGAAGUAUAGUACUCUUCAAAGAAGUCCGGUCUAGAUGAGAAAUAUCAGUAGAUAUUUUGAUCACGGACAGAGAUCUAAGUACAGUAGAUUCCUUCCACUGGGUCUGAUAACCUCGAGCUGUGAGCUUUGGCUUUGCUGCUCAUUGACUGUGGUCAAGUUAAAUUUCCUUCCAAGAUCUAACACAGAUGAGCAACAAGUAAAUUUCCAAUAAGCUGUCAUGUAAAAUCACUAAUAACAAUUCUGUGAGGCGAUACCAGGAAUUGAUCACAGUUCCUCAUGAUUGUGAGGCAUGCACUGUCCUCUGAACUGUUUCCCUGGCCCCCAGCAAUAAUUUUUAAUAAUCUCUUGAGUAGCUGCCACUAGUCCUGCUGUUAAGACUUUCUCGUAACACUUUUGUUGUAUAAACUUAAAAGUGACACCCCUUCCAGUUAGCACUUGAGCUAAUACUUAAUGCACUUGACACAAAAGUUAAGGUAAUAUUGUGAAAACAAGAUGAUUUGUUCUGAUGAUUUAUGAACACUUUGUUAAUUGUGUUUUGUAACUUCCUGUCUGUUUCUGGAAAGAGGUGAAUCUGUCAAUGGAAAAGAACUCUGUUGUUCAGUGGUGAAUCUACGUUGUCUGCUGUAAUGUCUUGGAUUUGUCCUGGUAUAAAGAAUCAUCUUGGUUAUAUAAUACAUAUAUGUUGUUAGAUAUGAAGAUAUUCAUAUCAUUAGCAUGCUGCAUGAACCCUAAUGUCGUAAAUGAUUUUCAAUCAUCUGGUAUGCAGAGAUGGGUUGGAAGAGUAGUUUGUGAAAUGGAUUGCAGGCACAGGUGGUAUGGGGAUUAUCUAGGGAAUAUUCGUUUAUAUAAAGAUCUCUUUACAAAGAGAAAGAAAGGGUCAGGGAAUUGAAAGCACAUACUUUGCAUGUCAGACCCAGGGUUGAUCC